AUGCGUUGCAUCUAUUCCUUGGCGUAUUGGUUCGUCCUCAUCUUCGUCUCCAACGCGACUGCUGAGAAUCGGCAACAAGAUUCUACAGGCAUCUUGGACUUUAACCUAGUCUUUCCACGCAAUGAGUCGACGUUCGUUCCCUCUUUAAUGACGCCUUUUGUUUUCUCUUUCCGAAACCCCGAACUUAUUCCUACUCUUCAACCUUAUGCUAUCUACAAGAUCUACAAUUACAGUAAUACUAGCCAAUUUAUUUUUGAUGGCAGACUCGAUACUGGGCAAAUCAAUCUCUCAGCCAACCAUGAUCCUCACUUAGAAGUCCUUUACCAUCGGUACUUGGAUCUCGAAGGCAAAUGGCUUAUGACGCUUACUACUGGUGUUCUCAAUUGCGUCGAGGAUCGCGAUCACUACUACAACGAUUCGCACUAUAUUGACGCCAACUAUACCAAGAUCAACAUUACCUUCACUACGAAGGGCCCUUCAGGACAGGUCGACCUCGCUGCUGAGACAAGCGACAACAAUUGUUCAUCUCCUGUUGGACUCACCGCCGAUGUCCAAAACACGGUCAAGGUCCCGGAGGGGGAUGACCGCGCCGACGAGAUGGUAGCAGAGGUCUGCGCAGUCGAGCCUCUGGUAACUUUGGCAGAUAAGUGUAUCGCCGUGACCUCUGCGGCUGCAACAAGCAUCGCCGCCGAAAUGACUUGGCGGGUUUGCGGUAGCAUCCCCAACAGGUCGGAGAUUCCGGACAGUUGGGAUUGCGAGCCACUGGAUGGGAAAGAGGAUAGUAAAGGAGUGCAAAUUGCUUCUGGAGAGACCACAUUGCUCAUACCUCGCAUACUAGUUAGAAUGAUCGUAUACGACGAUAAAGAAUGGGUGUCUUGUAUGAGCCCCAGCACCAAAAAGGCGCGCGACGCUGUGUACAAGGGAUUCGGCAUGGGUGGCACGACUGACUGGGCCGUCGAUCUUCAGGAAUACCACGAUGUCCCCAGGCCCUCCAAGUCCUGGGCUAUCUUCAAAGAAGACGCAGCACGCGGUUAUGAUCCCAAGCUGGACAACGAGAGAACAGGCAACUGGACGGACCUCGACUGUAGCUCAGACGUCAACGAGCAUAUCAAAUUUAUGUCAGCACCUACCGCAUGGAGAGAAUCGGGCGCCAAUGGCGCCUGGAAAGAUCUCAUGAGAAUUUGGAAGGAUUUGGAUGAGGACAGGGGAUACACCCUGAGCAGGUCGAUCUCUCUGAAUCUCCACAUCACGCCGAGGCCCAAUUGCCAAUGGUUGAAUGACGGUCCGUUCAAUGAAAUAAUAGAGUGCAGCGAUAGGAUGAACGGCAAGUUUCCAGGACCAGCGGCAAAGUUCAUCUGGAAUUCCUGGGCCAGAAUUCACAAAAUGUAUAGCGACUACUACAAUGCAGUGCACGACGCGGCUACUUCCGUCUCCUUCGAUGUCGCCGACUUUGGCAACAAGUUUGCACCAAUCCCUGAAGCGGAAGACAAUACAUGGCUUUUUGUCAUGAUUGACCUUCUUACCUGGGGUACUUCUUCAAUUGCCGCUCCCUUCUUCAAUUCAUACCUCAAAAACCUUCCCUACUCUAAGGGCAAUCCGGCAAACCAUGACAAUGCCAAGGACACGACCAUGACUUUCAUUGGACAAAGCACAACUUUGGUGAAAGAUAUAAGAAGUGGCGUUAGUGCAGAAACUACGUGGACAGUGGGGAAGAGAGAUAGUUUCACAAGCUACAUGGGCCAGGUUCUCGAUGGAUGGCAAACGCUUGCUAAUGCUUCAGUAAACGAUCUUUUCAAUGGCUCUAAUCCUGCUUCACUCAAGAUACUUGAGAGUCUCAUUUCAGACGGGAAAAUGAUCGAAGCCGGCAUCGACGGCGAGGGGUCGAGUUUCGAGACGGAGGCUGUCCCGACUGGUAUCAACCUCAAGAAACACGUUGCAAAGACCUUCUAUGGAUAUAUCAUCCCUACAAUAUGGAGAGUCGCUGGUUAUUAUGCUUUCGUUCUUGACUCAGGUUACGAUUGUGACGCGGAAUAUCCUUCCGAGGACUACGUGAGCAAAGAAGCCAUGGAUGCUACCAGCACCUGUUAUGGCGAUCGACUUUACUACUUGGUCUACCCGAAAGAAGACGGCAUUGGAGGCUGUCAGAAGGAAUGUAACACGGGCGGUUCUUGCCCAGAUGUUUGCGCCUGGAGCAAGUUCAGGGCUCCACCGGGUAUCGAAGCCUUGGAUGGGACCAGGUUUGGAGGCAUGUCGGCACAGGAUAUCGUUGUCGGCCCCGAGCGCGCAUGGCAGUCGUGGGAUACGGCUGCCAAAGGCUCCAGCCCCUUCUACCCAUGCGAUAUCCCCCCCGGGCAGAGGUCAUGCAACAAGUCAACUUACAAGGACGACACGAGUAACGCAUCUCCGUUGGUGUCGGACUGCGAGGUUAUGAUCAAGAACUUUCAGAAUGACGGCUCGACCAAGUGGACAACACAGACAGCAGAUCUUCAGCACAGGGAGCUUGGACACUAUGGCACCUGCGCCUUUGGAGUUGAAGCGACAGAGCUCAAUGGAAACAUACACUUCCAUUUCGGUGGUGGGGACCUCAUCGAGGCCAUCAACACCUCUAUAAAGCAGUUUAAGAAGAAUGGCAAGAUCGGUGCGUCUGGUAAGGUUCUUUGUGCUGGUAAUACGGGUAUGACGCAGCCAGUCUUAUGGGGCAUCUACCAUACCUAG